CUGGAGUUUGUGCGGCAGCAUGAAAUGCUUGAAUGGGUAGCCUAUCGUGGAAACGGGUUCAGAGGUCCCGUAUCGAAGGGAUUCAGGCUGAUUUCUAGUAGGGGCACCGGUGUAUCAUAGUGUGUUGGAGUGGCCGAAGCGAUUCCCGUAACGUAUCAUACUCGUAGAUGGCAUCCCUAUUUGCACAAGCCGUGAUGCUGCCGGCGAAGCAGCCCAAUGAUACAAUGAACUUGCGGUACCCGUAAGUUACAGUAUCGCUAGCGUGCGAAUGCGAUGCCGGCCGCUCCAUACUUGUGAAGAUCCGACGUCAUCCCGGAGCCUCAACCCAACCCCAGAGAAGUUCCCCCUCAGCAUCGAUUCCCUCCAUACACCAAACAAAUAUCGGGAUAACCAAUGGCCUUCCGAUUUAUCCUCCCAUCAACAGCUUUCCUCGGGCUCGCUGCGUACACACUGCCGUCUCCUACCUCCCCCGUUUGCCGCAUUCACUGCGAGUCCCACCAUUGGCCUUUUGCCGGGGCUCCGGGCAAUCGGCCGUCGUUGACAACUAAACCCCGUACCACCUUCUCCCCUCUUAUCUAUCGCCAGAUUGCUUCUGGGUCUUUCAUUGGGCUUGCUGUGGGCCUGGCUGUCUGCAGGUUUAGCAAAUCGAUCGCCUUGAUACUCGGAAGCUUGCUCUUGCUCGUUGAGGUAUGGAACAAGAAAUGGAAUAAAAAUAGGGGCUGGGAUUCCCCAGAGGCCGAGUGUUCUAACACAUCGGACUUUAGUUUCUGGCGAUGAAAGGGUUCCAUGUCGUUCCAUACAGGCGUCUGUCUAGGUGGACGAAGAAUAUUGAUCUGAGGGAUCUUGUUACAAGGAAUAUGGCGUUCAAGUAAGUGCUGUUGAAUUCGGAGUCUGCUCUCUUAGCACAAGGAUGACGCCCCGAGAAGGCUUUGGCUGAUCAAACUUAUAGGGUAUCUUUUGGUGCAGCUUUCGCAUUGUCAUCCUACAAUUGAGCCCCAGCGGGGCGAGUCACCAGAAUGGCUGCACACAAUCAAAACAUCAUGUAUUAUAUCCAUAGACGUUUUUUCAGUUCAAAUAUUGAAAACCCGCCUCUUCACAACCUCCUUGAAGUCGCUUGGUUAGAGAUACUGUGCCCUUGAGCCUGGCGGGGCACUUUCUCUCACGAAAUCUGAGAUAUUAUUUCCAUUCCUCUCUUGAUUCGGCAGACCCCACCGCUACUGGUACGCUGGAAUACCAGUCUCUUUGAUAGGGCCCUAUCACAAGUAUUGCACUUGCCAACACUCUUUUCUCUAGCCCCCAACUCCUGGAGGGCUCGUCAGACAAACCUGACCGUCAACCAAGCCUGCGGAUAAAACACUAGGAGCCUUACUUUCGCACUAGAAGUUUGGUUCUUUGAUCGAUGAGACUGUCUGGAUCAUCGCAGCGCCAAGGAAGCCACAAACGCUUGGGGGAAUUUUCUUGGAUCCAGCCACAGCCCAUUUCCUCCACCUAUUGCUCCCUCAUGCAGGUGAAGGCUAUACCAGCUACCACACUGAAAUAUCUAUCAUAGCAAUAUGGUAACCCCCCCCCCCCAAAAAAAAAAAAAAAAACCGAACCACCAACCCCUACCAGUAACCCAACCUUGAGAAUUUGUUAGGUUGCAGGGCACCAGGUACAGCAAUGGUUUCGACACUGACAUUAUACCCAGGAUUCCCUUAUCCGUAUACAUGAUGUUAUUGAGACCCAUAGGUGGUUAGCGCGGAUACCAUUUCCUAGCUACCAUUGGCCUAGACACAAACCCAAACGAACCCUAGUACUAAUACGGUUCUCAAUGGUCAAGCAAGUCCAACCCAUCCAGUAGACAGCACCGGCAAUCACUACUUCUUAAUGGCCAUCAAGUGUGUCUUGCUCAAUGGUUUCUUUGAUCCAUUGAGGAGUCUAGCACACCCUUUUGAGAGCAAAGCAUGCACUCUUACUCAACAGCUGCGCCUCCAUACAUCUCUAUAGACCCCGAGAUGGAGAGUCUUGCACCUUUUGACCACAGCAUUGAAGUCCUCCGGCCGGCCGGUCCGAUCCCCGCC